UAAAGAUAACUAUCCAUGAGACUUAAACAGGUCUUUUACACUUCUAGGUUUCGUAAGUUUAAAUAAAGCUGAAUUCGGCCGUUCUUAUUUGAAAGUGCAUUGUAGGUCAACCUUGCCGAUCUUUGUAAAUUGUAAGGUCAGGCAACUUCGUGGAAAUGAGCAUCCUACAGAAAAUAGCCGAAAUAGAAGCAGAGAUGGCUAGGACACAGAAAAACAAAAAUACCAUGGGUCAUUUAGGAUUAUUAAAGGCUCGGUUGGCUAAACUUAGACGAGAACUUAUUGAACCCAAAGGUGGUACUGGCGGAGGUGGAGAAGGUUUUGAUGUUGCUAAAACGGGAGAUGCACGUAUCGGCUUUGUGGGUUUCCCAUCAGUCGGAAAGUCAACACUUCUGUGCAAUUUGGCCGGUGUCUAUUCUGAAGUGGCUGCCUAUGAGUUCACAACCCUUACCACUGUGCCAGGCGUUAUUAGAUACAAAGGAGCUAAAAUUCAACUACUUGAUCUACCCGGUAUUAUAGAAGGUGCCAAAGAUGGAAAGGGUAGAGGAAAACAGGUGAUAGCUGUUGCCCGAACGUGCACUCUCAUUCUCAUGGUGCUAGAUGUCCUUAAGCCUUUACAACACAAAAAACUUUUAGAAAACGAAUUAGAGGGAUUUGGUAUCAGAUUAAACAAAAGUCCUCCUAACAUUACAUUACGCCGUAAAGAAAAAGGAGGUCUGAAUAUUCAAAGUUUAGUCCCUCAAUCUGAAUUAGAUAAAGAAGUAAUAAAAACUAUUUUAAGCGAAUAUAAAAUACACAAUGCAGAUGUCUCACUUAGAUGCGAUGCAACUGCUGAAGAUCUAAUUGAUGUGAUUGAAGGAAGUCGUGUUUAUAUUCCGUGUAUAUAUGUUCUCAACAAAAUUGAUCAGAUUACCAUUGAGGAGUUAGAUAUCAUUUGUCGUGUUCCUCAUUGUGUGCCCAUUUCAGCUCAUCACAAAUGGAAUUUUGAUGAUCUGCUUGAGCUAAUAUGGGAGUAUUUAAACUUGAUAAGAAUUUACACAAAACCCAAAGGGCAGUUGCCUGAUUACAACGCUCCGGUUAUUUUGAGAUCUGCUUCGCAUACUGUUGAGGACUUUUGCAAUAAAUUGCACAAGACUUUAAUCAAGGAAUUCAAGUAUGCCUUUGUUUGGGGUUCUUCAGUAAAACAUCAACCACAGCGUGUAGGUAAAGAUCAUAUACUUCACGAUGAAGAUGUAGUACAAAUUGUUAAAAAAGUUUGAUCGAUUCGACGUUCACUGUAUCACUUUUACCUCUCUUCUGUAUUUAUUUCGUCUGCCAAAAUUUUGAUGGACAAAUAUAUUUCAGCGAUAUGAUUUCGACAAUUGCUUCGUGUUAUUAUUAUUGUAUUUACAGAUUUUCAAUAGUUUUUGAAUAAAAGUAUUUGUGGAGUAGA